GGUGGCUACGUUUACUCUCGCGCCGGCAACGCGACCGUCGAUGCGGUACAGAGCGCCGUCAACGCACUCGAGGAGGGCGCUGGCAGCAUUGUUUUCUCCAGCGGAUCGUCGGCCAUCUUCUCAAUGUUCCUGGCUUUCCUUCGCGACGGCGAUCACGUUGUGGCGUGCCAUGGUUAUUCUGGAACCUACUUCAUGUUAAAGAAUUAUAUACCACGAUGCGGUAUUGAAGUAACAUUCGUACAAGGAGAUAGCGUGGAUUCCUACACGGAGGCAAUAAAACCAAACACCAAGAUGAUAUUCUCGGAGGUGAUGCUUAAUCCAUUGAUGAAAAUGGUCGAUCUGGAAGCUCUGGCUGCGGAGGGCAAGAGCCGUGACAUUCUGACGGUCGUCGAUGCCACUUUUGUGUCGCCCACGUUGCUUCAGCCUCUAAAACUCGGCAUAGACAUAGUUGUCCACAGCUGCUCAAAGUACAUGGGUGGACACAGUGACGUCAUUGCUGGCUGCGUGACGACAAGCACGGUCGACCAAUGGAAGAAGCUGCAGACCAUCGCAAAUAUCUGUGGAACAUUAGUGUCGCCCUUUUCAGCCAGUAUACUGCAAAGAGGGCUGAAGACUCUACCACUACGUAUGGCAGUGCAUUCUCAAAACGCAAUGAAACUUGCUGAGUUUCUUGAAGAUCACCCUAAGAUCUCUCGCGUGAUGUACCCAGGUCUGCCGUCGUUCCCCAAUCACGACGUCGCAAAGAAACUCCUGACUUCUGGUUAUAGCGGCAUUAUGUCGUUUGAAGUUGCGAGUGGCUAUGAAGGUGCAAAGAUUUUAGUAGAGAGCCUGCGCCACGUUGCGCUGGCCGUGUCGCUUGGAGGAACGGAGAGCCUGAUCGAGAUACCAGCGGUGAUGACACACGGUCCCCACGUCAUGACAGACGAUGACCGCGACUCCGUGCAGAUCUCUGGCGGUCUCGUGCGGCUGAGUGUUGGUAUUGAGGACAUAGAAGACCUGAAACACGACUUCAUUCAAGCCUUGGACAAGAUCAAGAUUUAGAUUUACUAACAGCAAUAGAGUAGUGACGGUGUUGAUUUCAUUGCACUGACACUAAGAUGUAUAUGAAACGUGAUUAUGAAACGUGAUAUGAGACGUGACAGAAAAUCGCAUGAUCUAUAAAACCAACGGUCUAUUUUCGAAUGGAAAUAUAUUCAUUAGAGACAAUUAUUAUCGAUUGUAUCGAUUAAUGCUGAAAACGGUUGCUGUGUGGCAUCUAAAUCAGUGCAUUGCUGGUCACGUGUUACCAUUCUCAGGUGAAUUAUCGUUGAUUUAUUAGCAAUUUAUUAGUAAACACCCAUAAAAUAUACACCAUUCAUAUGGAUAUAAUUUACUACUAAUAACCGACUUUACUGUUAUUAUAAAAUGCCUCGGUACGUAACAUAACAAAACGCGCAAACAAACACAUUUCACCCUGAGGGACGUCCACACGUUCCCAGCUGUAAAAACACGAUGAGCAAUGAUCAGGCCGAGGGCUUUCGACAGCUAAGAACAUGAGAAAUUGCUGAAUGAUUACAAAUUCAGUCUAACAAGUUGACAUGAAACCUUACAAACUAACCACAUGCUAUCGCUAAGCUUGUGAUUUCCAGGUAUUUUUCACGCAUAUCCAUUACUUGUCCAGUACAACAAGUAGUUUUAAUAUUAUGUUACUAUAGCGACUAUGCAACAUAAGCCCAGGGGAAACAUCACGUCUCUAGCAUUAAACCCACACGCUCUAAUAAAUAAAUAAAUCUUAUAUAUCGACUGAUUAAACGUCCUUUGGGCUCAGAACGAGGCUAGUUAUAUAAUUUCUGUACAACCAUCAAUCGAUAUAUCUUGGAAAAAGUAGGACAUACGUGAUUUGUGGCAUAGAUUUCUUCACAAUCUCCUUUCCCUCUACCAUAAGCAAGUUAAGGAAUAUAUUCUUUAAUUAUUUCUACUUGACCCUGGAUUGCAGCAAUGGCAACCACAUGACAGCGAUACUCAUAGCGCUCCACUCUUGCUACAAACCAACAUUAUUUAUAUUCCAACAAUUCUACCACACAUACAUGUCUUGUCACACAAGUCAACAAAAUCAACAAACGUUUAGCCACUCCUUAACAAAUCCGAUUUACACGUGUGACCUCCAGUUUCUCUACGUCUUUCCUUUCUUCAUCCCACUCUCCUUUUCAUUCUUCCAUUUCUCUCUCUCCCUCUUUAUAAUUUCAUCUUCUCUCUUUUAUUUCCUCUUCUCUCG